AUGAGCUUCUUUAAAAGGGAGAAGUCUCGGAGUAACUUGAGACAAGCAUUAGGGUUGUCCAUGAGCUCGGCGCCGGCUGCUGGACAGUUAGCGAUCACAAACUCACCUGACCCUAAUGAAAGACAUAUUGGUGAUGUUUCUCCCACAACAUAUACUCCUCCAAUUGUGACCAGUAAUGAUAAUGAUACUCAGCAUAACAAUGAUACUCAACCUGGUCACCACCCUUCAAUGAAAUCUAAUUUAUCUUCACAGCUCACUUCUAGUCGGAGUAACUCGACUCUUUCUCCCACUGUCUCUGCAAAUUCAUUCGAUAAAUCCGACCAUCUUCUGAGCUCAGUGACUCGUCUGACCUCAAGGAAACAGGGAUCAAGAAGCAAAGAAGCCAUUCACUUCAACUCAAGUUAUGACGAUAACUCAGAAAAACUCCCUGCUUCAACCCCCACUUCGUUCAGAUCAGGUUCAGGGUCGGCCGGAGCUUCUUUAAGUGAUCAUGAAAGCCAUCAUUCCAAUACUCAACCAGGUACUUCCCCUGUCCCAAUUUCAAUUUCACCUUCGGCUUCUCCUACCCCCGGAUCCUCAACUCGUAAGAGUUUGGACAAUAGUCAUUUACCUCAUUCAUUGCAUUUCACCGCCUUAGACCGUCAUCUUGGAACCACCCAAUCCUCUGUAUCGUCAUAUGGUUCUGCAACUACUCCGCCCGAGUGUUCUUCUCAACUAUCAGCUAGUAACUUGAGUACCGACUCAGCUCCUCAAGUCAGAAGUCAUAGUACAACCCUUCCAGCUACUCAGCACCUGCUUACUGCUGCAAGUAGCAGUAAUAUUCAUCAGCCACAUCACCAUUCAAUAUCCGGUUUACCAUCUACCAGUGGCGGAGGAGGAGGAAAAGGAGGAAAAGGAGGAAAAGGAGGAGGAGGAGGAAAAGGAAGAGGAGAAGGAGGAGGACUAACCUGUAAAAUGCUGCUGUCUAAGUCAACAAUACCAGCACAUGCCUUCUCAUCAAGUUUACGUUCGGAUGCAGAAUAUAGUCCUAGAUCUUCUGUUAUAUCAUUGGACCGUUUGAACAAUGGCUCAGGCCACAACGUUUUAAAAGAUAAUUAUAAGGGAUUUCAUGCCAACAGAAGACCGACUGGAAUUGAUAACGUCCCUCCAUUGACCAGUCCAAUUACUCCAAAAUUCAAAAAAAGAAGUGGAUUCUUAGGUAAACUUAUUGCUAACAGGAAGGAUUCUAAUUCAUUAGCUCAUAAUAAUAAUGUUGAUGAAAGUGGGGAAUUACCUAACCCUCAGAAUUCAAGAGCUAAUUCUGUUUUCAGUAGUGGUCACAGGUCCUCAGUGGGACAAGAUUACACUAGGAAAUCAUCCAAUGCAUCAACAUCAAGUGCCCACUCAAAAUUCAGAUUACCCUCGCUAGCUUUUGAGCAUUUAUCCCAUCACCAUGGUAGUAAUGCACCUUGGAACUUGGAAAAUUCAGCCCAUAUGACCCCUUCAGGUCAAGCUACGUUACAUACACCAGGUUCGAGAGCUGUUUCUGACGCAAAUCCAAGUUCAAGUACUGCUUCCUUCUUUAAUUUAGAUGCUACCUUGAACUUAAAUGAUUUGUCGGGGAUUGUAAAGACAAAGAAGGAUUCAGAAGGGAACGUGGCUAACCCGAGUGACGCUCCAAGCGAAGUGGUUUCAAUUGAUUUACAAUCAACUCAAGAUACUAAUGCUGCUGCUAUUCGUAGGGCCUCUUCCACUCCAGGUAUAGCUUUGAACUCAGACAUUACAUCAUCGCAAGCUGGAGGAGGCCUCCCCAAUCCUCAUGAACACCAGAAAUCCAUUUGGAUGGCUCCAGACUCAUGGGACGUCAAGGGAAAUGACUUAAUAAGCUCAGAUUUACCCGAAACAGGUUCCGACUCUGAUAAUGAUGAAGAUUUUACGGAAAAACCAUCAAAGGAAGAGUCAAAAGUCACCACUCGAAGUGAACAGGUAAUGGUAACAAAGCCAACAGAAAAUGAAAGAAUUCCAUUAGGAUCACCUUUAAGCUCUACCUUAGAGGUAAAUAAGAAGUCGCUUUUGCCUGUUUUAUACGGUUCAAAGACUCUGCAACAAGUAGUCAUUCCUGAAGCAAAAAAGAAAAACCAUAUCAUACGGAUAUUCAGAGAAGAUAACACUUUUACGACAAUAUUAUGUUCUUUGGAAAUUACUGCAAUAGAAUUACUUCCUAUUGUUCAAAAGAAGUUCUUUCUUGAAAACAUUAGGAACUAUCAAAUCACUGCCUAUAUUGGAAACUGCGUUAAGGUGCUUGAACCCUUUGAAAAGCCUCUCAAAAUCCAGAUGGGACUUUUGAUAUUAAGUGGAUAUCUGGACAAAGACAACUUAAACUUGAUUGGACGACAAGAUUUAUCUUUCUUGUGUAAGUUUGUUCUUGAAAACGUCUCCCUACGGAAUUUGACUCGUGAUGAAGAAACGUUGUUGUCCAAAGAUUAUGUGAAUGUGAAUAUUUCAGGUUUAAACUUGAAGAAUAUUCCAAUUGUUUUCCAUCAACAUACCUAUGAAAUUGAAAAGUUGAAUGUUGGUGAUAACCCAGGUGUCUAUGUACCGUUGGAUUUUAUUCAAUCGUCUACAAAUUUAACUUCAAUCAUUUUUUCAUGCAAUGGCUGCUCCAAGUUCCCUAUGAACUUUUUAGAAGCAAGGAGGUUAACUUACCUUGAUUUGGAGAAGAAUUUCCUUGAUGAAAUCCCAUCAAAGAUAUCUCAUUUGGAGAACUUGACCCAUUUAAAGUUAAAUUCCAACCAAUUAUCAACUUUGCCUAAAUCAUUUGGGAAAUUGAAGAACUUGGUUAGUUUGAACAUAUCUUCAAACUCGUUAACUCAUUAUCCAGAGGCUAUUAGUGAUUUGGUGAAUUUGGUUGAAUUAGAUUUAUCAUAUAACGACUUGCACUCACUUCCAGAAUCAGUUGGUAAUUUAACCAAACUUUCAAAGUUAAACCUUUGUUCCAACAAGUUGAAUAAGGUUCUUCCUAUUCAUAUUGGUCAAUUGGUAUCGUUAAAGAGAUUGGAUAUCCGUUACAACUAUAUCACCAAUAUGGAUGUCUUGGGGUGCUUGCCUAACUUAGAGGUUUUAUAUGCUUCUAAGAACAAUCUUUCUGCAUUUGUUGAUAAAAUGGAACGAUUAAAAUUGUUACACUUUGAUAAAAACCCAAUUACCUUAUUGGAAUUUGAAAAUAAGCUUCCAAACUUGACUGUUUUGAAUCUUUCUAGAGCAAAAAUCACCAGUAUACCAUCUGAAUUUAUUUCUAAUAUUCCUUAUGUUGAAAGGUUAGUUUUAGAUAAGAAUCACUUGGUCAAUUUGCCCAAUGAAAUUGGAUCAUUAAAGAAAUUGACCUCACUUUCUGUAUACGGAAACAACUUGCAAGUGUUGCCCAAUACUUUAAGCGAAUUAUCAAACUUACAAUAUUUGGAUUUGCAUUCCAAUAAUUUGCAAAUGUUACCUGAUGAUAUUUGGAGUAUGAAGUCGUUGACCUUCUUGAACAUAUCCUCCAAUAUCUUAACUACCUUUCCAAACCCUCCUAUUGAAGUUGUCAAGUCAAUUACUUCUGGUGGAGUGUUUAGAGACAUGGACAAGACCCCAUCCCCCGCAAAUGACCUGACUCCAGACCAAUCAAGAAGACCUUCAAGUCAAACUCCACUUGACGACCAAGUAUCUCCGAAGACUAUGGUUGCGAACAACAUCCUCCUGCUAGCAGGCUCUUCUGAAGAUGACAUAAAGUCUGACAGUAGGAAGAGCUUGGGACAUAGCUUACAGUUUUUAAUAAUGUCUGACAACAGAUUGACAAAUGAUGUUUUUGAAUCUGUUCUGUUCUUGAGUCAAUUAAUGUCGUUAAAUUUGUCCUAUAAUGAGCUUCUGGAGAUCCCACCAGGUACACUUGGUAGAUUAUCAAAUAUAACCGACAUUUAUUUAUCUGGUAAUGACAUCACUGCCUUACCAGAUGACAUUGAGAACUUGAAGCAAUUAAAACUUUUGUUCAUCAACAAUAACAAGUUGGUUUCGUUACCUGCAGAAUUAAGUAAGCUUCUUUUAUUACAGCACUUGGAUGUGGGUUCCAAUUUGUUGAGAUACAACAUUGCCAAUUGGCCAUAUGAUUGGAAUUGGCAUUGGAAUAAGAAUUUACGGUUUUUGAACUUUGCCGGCAACAAGAGAUUUGAAAUCAAACAGAGUCAUGUCAAGAAUCCAGAAACAGGUGAAUACUUUGACAGUUUGCUUGUGUUGAAGAACUUGAAGGUAUUGAAUUUAAUUGAUGUUACUUUGACCACUCCAGCAGUUCCUGAUCAAAACAUUGACAUGCGUAUCAGAACAACGGCCUCUGAACUAGAUAAUGUUGGCUAUGGUGUUGCCGACACGAUGGGGCUUCGGGAUGUGGUAUCCACUCGUGAUAUCUUCAUUCAGAAAUAUAGAGGUAACGAAGAUGAAGUCUUAUUCUGUUCAUUUGAUGGUAAGCUAGGUCAUUCCAGCCAUGGUCAUCGGAUCAGCGACGUGGCAAAGAAAUUGUUGGUGGCUAAGUUCACAGAGGAAUUGAAUGGUUUAUCUGGCAAGGACACAGUUGAAGAUGCCAUUAGAAGAGCAUUUUUAAGUUUGAACAGAGAAAUCAACGGUAUUUUGGCUGCUAAGAAGUAUGGUCAUUUUGUUGCAACACCUGAAAUGAGUAAAAGUAUGGUCGACUUGAAUCUUAACGAUGAUGCCUUGUCAGGUUGUGCCAUUGCCUUCAUCUAUAUCAAAGACAAGAAUCUUUAUUCUGCCAAUAUUGGUGAUUUGGAAGCAGUGUUAUCUCGAGGUAACGGUACUCAUGUUAUGUUGACGACAAAACACGACCCUACAACUAGAACAGAAUUUGAAAGAAUAAGAGCAGCUGGUGGAUACGUUUCUGGUGAUGGAACUUUAGAUGGAGAGCUACUGAUUUCUCGUGGUGUUGGUUUCUUCAAACACCUACCACACACUCAUUGUGGGCCUGAUAUCGAGCAUGUUACUUUGAACACUGCGGAUGAUGUAUUGGUGAUUGCAACGCAUGUCUUAUGGGAUUACAUAUCGUAUGACAUAGCUGUGGAUAUUCUUAGACAAGAGAAAGAUAAUCCUACGUUAGCAGCAGAGAAGUUGAGAGACUUUGCUAUAAGUUAUGGUGCUACUGACAAGAUUUGUGUUAACGUGAUUACAUUUGGUCAAAAGUUGAAGAAGAGUAGUGGGUUAUACAACAACUUGGUAAGAGAUCUUGAUAGCUAUGGAUACAAGAAGAAGAGAGAAAAGUCACAGUUUGGAGAUUCGGAAUUAAGAAGAUUGGAAGAGGAGAUUUCUCCACCAGUUGGAGAAUUGGCAUUGGUGUUUACUGAUAUCAAGAAUUCAACAUUAUUAUGGGAUGCUUAUCCCGUAGCUAUGAGAUCUGCCAUCAAGACUCAUAAUCAGAUCAUGCGUCGUCAACUUAGAAUCAUUGGUGGGUACGAAGUGAAGACCGAAGGUGAUGCCUUUAUGGUUUCAUUCCCCACUCCAACAGCUGCACUUUUAUGGUGUUUCACUGUCCAACAACAGUUGCUUACAGCUGAUUGGCCGUCUGAGAUUUUAGAUUCUGAUCAUUGUUGCCCUAUUGCAGACCCCAAGGGAGAGAUUAUUUUCCGGGGUUUAUCCGUUAGAAUGGGUAUUCAUUGGGGACUGCCAGUAUGUGAGACUGAUAUGGUUACUGGGAGAAUGGAUUAUUUUGGACCCAUGGUGAAUCGUUCCGCACGUAUUCAAGGUGUUGCUGAUGGAGGACAAAUUGCCAUAAGUGCUGAUUUCUACAGCGAAAUGCAUACGUUGUAUGAGAUCCAUAGAAGAGUGCUUGUUGGAGAGUCUACACUUGAACAAGAGUAUGGAGACAACAUAGUUGCUGGAGAGAUUAUUGAGAAGGAAAUUGAAUCCAUUGAAGAGUCCAAGAUCUCCUAUGUUGAUAUUGGGGAUAAAAAGUUGAAGGGACUUGAGGCACCUGAGCCUAUAACGUUAGCAUAUCCCAAGAAGUUGGAGUAUCGGUACGAACUGUUCAAGAAGGAACUUGACAAUAGUGAUGAAGACGUUUCAGUGAUAAGAUAUGUGGGAUCGCUUCCAGUUGAAGCCAUAUUUCAACUUCGAACUCUUUCUAUGCGUUUGGAAAAUGUGUGUGGGUUUUUAAGUGGAUCAAAGACCAAGGAGGACUCAUUUGCCAUGAACUCAUCAAAGAUUAUUGGAAGUAAGAUGGAAGGUUCCCUAAGAGAAAAGGAUAUGAUUUCACUUUUAAGCCACGUGGUGACGAGAAUUGAGCAUUGUGUUCAAGACAUUCAACUUCGGGUCGAGAUGAAUAAAUUCAAUGGAGGUGAUGGAUCUCUUUAUUCAAAUGCAAUUAGACCAAUGUCUUCAAUUAUGGAAGAGUUUUCUAAAUUGGUACAGGCGUAUCAAGAGUUGAAGUCGAAAGCAACAUAA